CGCUUUAAUGAUGAGAUUGACAAACUUACUGGAUACAAGACAAAGUCACUCUUGUGCAUGCCCAUAAGAAGCAGUGAUGGAGAGAUUAUUGGUGUUGCCCAAGCAAUAAAUAAGACUCCCGGAGGUGCCCCUUUUUCUGAUGAUGAUGAAAAAGUAAUGCAGAUGUAUCUUCCAUUCUGUGGGAUUGCCAUAUCCAAUGCCCAGCUAUUUGCAGCUUCAAGGAAGGAAUAUGACAGAAGCAGGGCUUUACUGGAAGUAGUGAAUGACCUCUUUGAGGAACAGACUGACUUAGAGAAAAUUGUCAAGAAGAUUAUGCACCGGGCCCAGACUCUGCUGAAGUGUGAACGGUGCUCAGUGUUACUUCUGGAAGAUAUCGAAUCGCCAGUGGUGAAAUUUACAAAAUCCUUUGAGUUGUUAUCUCCAAAAUGCAGUGCUGAUACCGACAACAGUUUCAAAGACAGCAUGGAGAAAUCACCAUCUUAUUCUGACUGGCUAAUAAAUAAUAGCAUUGCUGAACUUGUAGCUUCCACGGGUCUCCCAGUGAACAUCAGUGAUGCCUAUCAGGAUCCUCGCUUUGAUGCUGAAGCUGACCAGAUUUCUGGUUUUCACAUAAGGUCUGUCCUGUGUGUUCCUAUCUGGAACAGCAACCACCAAAUAAUCGGGGUAGCUCAAGUGUUGAACAGGCUCGAUGGGAAACCCUUUGACGAUGCUGACCAGCGGCUGUUUGAAGCUUUCGUUAUUUUUUGCGGCCUAGGCAUCAACAACACAAUUAUGUAUGACCAAGUGAAGAAAUCCUGGGCAAAACAAUCUGUGGCUCUUGAUGUGUUAUCUUAUCAUGCAACAUGUUCGAAGGCAGAAGUUGAUAAAUUUAAGGCAGCAAACAUCCCUCUGGUGUCAGAGCUUGGCAUUGAUGAUAUCCAUUUUGAUGACUUCUCGCUUGAUGUGGAUGCCAUGAUUACUGCAGCCCUGAGGAUGUUCAUGGAACUUGGAAUGGUUCAGAAAUUUAAAAUUGACUACGAGACGCUGUGUAGGUGGCUUUUGACGGUUAGGAAGAAUUACCGAAUGGUUCUGUAUCACAACUGGAGGCACGCUUUCAACGUCUGCCAGCUAAUGUUUGCCAUGUUGACUUCGCUGACUGUGCUCUCGUUGCCGGCCAGUCUCUGCGGCGUGGCCAGCGUCUGCACCCUGUCCGCAGGGAUGGAGACUCCCGGCCUCUGCCGUUCGCAGCACAGGUCAGCGCUGCGUCAACACGGGCUUGUCCAGUCCGCGGCCGGUUGGCCGCUCACGGGGCACAGCGGCCUGGUGCGUGGCUUCCCAGCUGAGCUCCUCUGCUUGCCGUCGUCUCUGCGCCUCAGCUCUGCGUGUCGGCUGAGAAAAACCAUCCCCUGGCCCGUGGAUGUUGAUGUGGCGCCGGGUCUCGUCCCAGCGACGUGGGUUGGUUCGCGCGAGCCUUUCGGGAG